AUGACUCCCACCUCCUUCACCAUCACCUUCUUCUCUGACACCUAUUGCCACUUCCAGUCCCACCACCACCUCUACCAGUCCCACCACCACUACCACAACCACCACAACUGGUACUAUGACCACCAUUACCAGUACCAUGACCACCACUACUGGUACCACCACCACCACCACUACUGGUACAGCAACCACCACUACUGGUACCAUGACCACCACUACCGGUACCGUUACUACCACUACUGGUGCCACCACCACCACUUCCAGUCCCACCACCAACACUACUAG